CUCUUCUUCAUAUCGUUGCUCAGCUCGUCUUGGUCUAUACCCACCGCUGUGUGUUGUCCCUCUCCGACGAGCAAUUGUUCAGUUUAUUUUAGUAUUUAAGGAAAAUGGUGAAGAUCUGUUGCAUUGGAGCCGGUUAUGUGGGUGGGCCUACAAUGGCAGUUAUUGCCUUGAACAUCUAUGAUCCACAGGUCACUGAGGACCAGAUCCAGAGGGACCUUACAAUGAACAAGUUUGACUGGGACCAUCCUCUACAUCUUCAGCCCAUGAGUCCCACCACCGUUAAGCAAGUGAGUGUGGUUUGGAAUGCCUAUGAAGCAACAAAAGAUGCCCAUGGAAUCUGUAUUCUGACGGAGUGGGAUGAGUUCAAGACCCUGGAUUUCCAAAGGAUAUAUGACAACAUGCAGAAACCAGCUUUUGUUUUUGACGGAAGGAACAUUGCGAAUGUUGAUAAGCUGAGGGAGAUUGGUUUCAUUGUUUACUCAAUUGGUAAGCCACUCGAUCCAUGGCUCAAGGACAUGCCUGCAGUGGCAUAAAUAUGAUCACAAAUCCAAUGGUUCGUGUUGGCUUUUAAUUUGAUUCUUUAUUAUUUUUUCUUAAUGGGAUUAUGUUGCUUCUUGCUUUCCCAUACUAGUACUAGUCAGGAUAACUGGACUCACCAUGAUGGUGAGAGCAAGAGGCUGUGUUUUGCCUUCUGUUGUUAUAUUUGAUGAUAUCGCCAACUCUUGUACUAGUUUGUUAGAGAACUUGGAUAAAAUAUCAUUAAUUUU